CCACUGCGCGUCUCUGGACAGAUGGCUACAGAUGUAUGAGACCAGGAUCCAUAUUCCUAUUUCUGUCACACUGAUGGGAUUCCUCUUACUCAGCAUGCGUCCUCUAUGGAACCUCCGGAUUUUUAAAGGAAACUUUUCCACAGUUUAUUUUUAUUUUCGCUCCAGAAAUGCUUGGAUGGCAUCGCUCAUUGGAAGAAGAUGUGGAGGACUGCCUCACAACAGUUUUUCACGGUUAUUGAGCUCAAACAGGCUUCCAAAAGAUACAAGAAAGAGGGAUCAAAUUUCACUUCGAAGCCAAAAACAGGAAGGAAAUGAUGGCAGAGGUGAAAAAGGAGGAGGUAAAAAGGAAUCCCAGUGGUGGACACGUUUUAAGAAAGAUUUUCCCUUAGAUGAAAGGACUGUGCAGAACAUUGCACUAGGUGCAGCAGGUAUGACCACAGCGUUUCUAUACUUCCACUUCAGGGAGACCGGAGUCCAGAUCUCCUGGAUGGAUUUUGUGCAUCGGUUCUUGAGCAAAGGCUUGGUUGGGCGCGUAGAGGUAGUCAAUAAACAGUAUGUCAAAGUGUUUCCUGCUGAUGGAGUGAACUCCUCAGAAGUGAAUUAUUUGUGGUUCAACAUUGGUAGUGUGGCUUCAUUUGAACAUAAGCUGGACAUGGUUCAGGAGGAAAUGGGUCUGGACUCCACACAAAAAAUACCUGUACUCUACACCAGUGAAAGUGACGGGUCAAUAGUUUUAAGUGUCCUCCCAACUUUAUUCCUGGUUGGCUUCUUACUUUUUGCAACCCGACAAGGGCCCAUGGCAGGAGCACAUGGCAGCAGUUUAAAAGGAAAUCCAUUUUGGAUGAAUGCAUCAAAAGCCAAGAUAGUUAAAGAAACUGGAACUGUUCACUUUAAGGAUGUAGCAGGCUGUGAAGAGGCCAAACUAGAGAUCUUGGAGUUAGUAAACUUUCUUAAGAACCCAGAUCAGUACCAUGACUUGGGAGCUAAGAUCCCAAAGGGUGCACUGUUAUCAGGAGCCCCUGGAACUGGAAAAACGUUGCUAGCAAAAGCCACUGCAGGGGAGGCCAAUGUCCCCUUCAUCACAGUCAAUGGCUCCGAAUUUCAAGAAGUUUUUGUAGGGAUGGGCCCUGCAAGAAUAAGAGAUGUGUUUGCCACGGCUCGCAAAAUGGCCCCCUGCAUAGUUUUUAUCGAUGAGAUUGAUGCAGUUGGCAGGAAGAGAGGCAGAGAGGGCUUUGGCUGGCAGAACGAGCAGGAAAACACUCUGAACCAACUGCUUGUGGAAAUGGAUGGAUUCAACAGCAACACUAACAUCGUGGUGUUAGGCGGCACAAAUCGAGCUGAUAUCCUGGAUCCGGCUCUUAUGAGACCGGGGCGCUUUGAUCGACAUAUUCAUUUGGGCCUGCCAGAUAUUAAAGGCAGAGCAUCCAUUUUCAAAGUGCAUCUGAGACCUUUGAAGUUGGGGCCUGGUUUAAAUUUAGAAGAUUUGUCUAGGAAGCUGGCUUUACAGACCACAGGUCUCAAUGGGGCUGAAAUCGCCAAUGUUUGUAAUGAAGCUGCACUGAGAGCUGCUCGCCACCUCAGCCAGGACAUCAGUGCUCAACACUUUGAACAGGCUGUUGAGAGAGUCAUUGGAGGUUUGGAGAAAAACGCUCAGCCGAUUCAGCUUCUAGAAAAGACAACUGUGGCGUAUCACAAGGCAGGUCAUGCCGUAGCAGGAUGGUUCUUUGAGCAUGCAGAACCACUGUUUAAGGUAUCCAUUACCCCUCAUGGGAGAGGUCUGGGUUAUGCACAGUAUCGAGGUAAAGAGGUGCACCUGCUGAGCCAGGAUCAGCUGUUUGACAGGAUGUGCAUGAUGUUAGGAGGUCGAGUGGCUGAGCAGGUCUUUUUCCGACAAACCACUACUGGAGCCCAUGAGGACCUCAGGAAAGUCACACAGACAGCGUAUGAGCAAGUUGUACAGUUUGGAAUGAACAAGGCUGUUGGCCUGGUUUCAUUUGACCUCCACCUUCAGCCAAAUGCUUUCCAAGAGAAGCCCUACAGCGAAUCUGCAGCGCAACUCAUUGAUCAGGAGGUCCGAACACUGGUUGAUGUCGCCUUCAAGCGAACAUUUCAGCUUGUUGUAGACAAAAAGGAGAUGGUUGAAAAGGUGGCAAAGCGUCUUCUUGAAAAGGAGAUGCUAAACAUAGUUGACAUGGUUGAGCUUCUAGGACCUCGACCCUUUCAGGAGAAGAGCUCGUAUGAGGAGUUUGGUGAAGAGCUGCACUUUGAAGAGGAAAAUUUACUACCUGAAGGACCAAAGGAGGGGCAGAGAAGUGAAGAGAACAAUAAACAAAGCAAAUCAGCUCUUUAUCUGUAGAUAGGGAUGUGCAGAUUGUUUUGUGCUUCAUUCACAAAUGAACAGUAUCCUGCAAAAAUAUUUGUAUCCAUAUUUCAACCUCAAGCUUUGCUUUUUAGAUUACUCAUGUAGUCCAGACAAAAUAUGAGCUAAAUAUGAGGUGGAAGAAGAGGGAUCCACAUGCAUUUUGUACAAAUCGUAUGUAAAAAUAGGUUGGUGAUUAUAUGCAUUCAGCAAAGUCCAAACUUUGUAUAACUACCCAUAGCACACCUAGAGACAGGUAUAUUUGCCCUGUAUGUAGGAUAUCUCAAGCUCAGCCAAGAACACACAUAUAGAUGGCUAAAUUGAAAUUGGUUUGACUUUGACCAGGCCAUUCUCACACAUGAAUCUUCCUAGAUCUAAACUUUUCCAUUUUAAUUCUAGUUCCUGGAUCCUCCACCGAAACUUCCAGCCUUUGCAUCCUCCAACAGUUUUCUUUCCAGGAAUGCUCUGCGUUCAGCUUUUAUUUUGGUUGAUUUUUUGCUGGAAAUUUGUCCUUGAAAUACCAAAUUUUAAAAGAUUUCUUUCAAUUAUUUGUUCCAUUAUGUUUAUAAAACUCCAGAUGUACGUCUUCUGCAUGUUUUAAAUCAAUAACUGUUUUAGAUUAUGUUUUUUUAAUUCAUGCAUGGAGAUUAUUUCUUAUUAACUAACUUAAUGUUUCUCAGUGACAUUAAUCCAAUAUUAAUAUUUCUGUCAAGGUGCAGAAUUGAUAUGUUAAAAAAAGUGUUUCAAUUUGUUAUUACAUCAGUCAAAAUUACACUUUUUUGUAAUAUUUCUAAAUCUGAUGACAUGUACAAAGGGUAGGACAAACAUACUGAUUUGUUUUGUAUGAGGCUACUGAGGCUAGCACACCUUUUUAUGUCUCUGUGGAGCAAUAUUGAUAAUUGCAGGGUUAGUUUUUAAUAUUCCUAAAAAGUUAGAAUGCAUUAUUGCAAAUAUCCUUAUGAUCUAAACAAUUUUAAUUCACCUUGUGAGUGAAUCUGUUGCAGAAACCUUAUAAACUUUAAAUCGUCUGAGCAUCAUUACUGAGUUAAUAAAUGUAACUUCAACAAGUAUAGCAUACAGAAUAAAAAACAGACAAGAAAACAUACAAGGAGCCAUACUUUAUUGAAUCUUCAACCAUCCUAAAGCUUCACCUUAUCCAGUGUGUCACGGCAUUCUGAAUUAUUAACACUCCUUCUAAAAGGAGCCCAUACAUUUUACAAACUAAGCGUUAUGUUACCCAUUCACAGGCAGUAAAGAAUUAACUGUAUCAUAAAAAAAAAUGUUGGCACUUUCUAACCAGGUAUUUGUUGUUUUGCUUCUUUUGGCAUCCACACAAAUCAGGCUGAAAUUUGCCAUGGAUUUAUUUUAAUUUCAAGUAAUCACUGUCACGGGCGUCUGCAUACUGCAGCUGUAGCAGCCCAAAAAUUUGUGUUUUGGCUGGUGGUGGUGGGGUGUCUUAAAAAAGGUAAAGAAAAUGUGAGUAUGGAAAGAAUUAUUGCAUGUUACUGCUUGGUGUCUUUGUUGCUGCAACGAACAACAAUCCUGCAGGGGGCGCCUAGGUGUACAAUUUAGAGAGAGAAGUGCAACUGUUUUUCAUUCAGGCAUUUUGCAUCACAGCACACAUUUCACUAAAAGAUAGAGAUUCACCUCACACAUCCUCUGUUAAGGCUACCAUUGUUUACUUUAGAUGCAGCAAAAAAUGCAUGAUGAAUUUAUAAGAAACACAGUAAAUCUCAGUCAGCAUCAGUGGGAUGUUUUCAUUUUUCUUUCUGCUAAUGUCUCAAGGUCUGCCAUCACUGUGGCUUUAACCUUUAUGGCCAAUCUAAUUAUACUGGCCCACCCUGAGGUGUUGUAAGGAAAAAGGCGCCAAUACACUGUUAACCCCAUACCCUGUCUGUUUCAUCUGGAAGACCAGUGUAGGAAAAAAACAAUCCUUCUCCUAUAAAAACAUGAUGGCUGCAAAGGUUUGCUCGUAUUAGUGUGAGAAGAGAGUAGGAACAGUGAGAAUAUUGGACAUCAUCAUUAUCUUUAAAGUAGAGAGCAGAGUUUCCAGAGCUGAGCCUCGACAGAUGAGCACUGUUAGACAUCGGCUGAGCGUACAGUGGCAGUUUGAGACGUCUUGGUGGUUUGGUUUCACCACUGUGUCUUUCCAACAGGCUCUGGGCGGUCUCUCUCCUUCUUGUUCCAUGUUGGGGUUUACGGGUGCUUUGUCCUCUCUAGCUUAAUUAAGGGCUCUGCUGUGUCUGAGUCACUGUGAUGCUUUCUCUCACGAGGAAGCUCCACUUUACUGCACCGCGUCCAUGACGGGGAGCGCAUGUAGCCACCCCUGGGCAGCACAGGCUGGUGGGAACCUGGGGACCAGAGACAACACUGGUUAAAACAGAUGGAUAUUUUCUUUGUUUUUGCUGGUUCUUUAAGGAUAAAAGCACAGAAAUGACAAUUCUCUGGUAUAAUUUAUAGAAACUAUACUGGAGAAAGUUUAAGUGUUACGUUUAUCAUUUUAAUUACACUGGCAAUUAUAUGAGGAGCUCAACACAGGAUGAAACGGAAUCUUUAUAGCAUACUUUACACUAAAACUUGCUCUUCCAUACAAAAUAACCUUCAUGAAAUAAAUGCUUCUUGACAUUUAUUGUUAUUUACUGACUAUAUAUAGAGCAUACUUGUGAGAUGGAGGCAC